CGUAGCGCCACCAAGUUUAAAAUGCACCCUGAUUUGUCUCCUCAUCUUCAUACUGAAGAAUGUAAUAACUUAAUUCGAAAGUUAAAAAAAUGUCAUGAAGAGAACAAAUGGAAAAAGUUUGUUGGAUUUUGUAAUGAAUUAGACAGUGAUGUGUUACGGUGUCUGAGGAAAGAGAGAGAAAAUCGAAGACGAGAAAAUUACGAAAAAUCGCAGGCAAAGAAAGUGAAGAUAAAACUCCAACAAAAUGAAUCGGUAGCAAACUGAUUUGUAGUCAUUUUAUUGCAAGAGUAGAAUUCAUCAUACAACAUAUUGUUUUGUAUCUGUUUACUUAAUGUCUGUACUUGCAUAAAUUGGAAUGAAAAAAAAAAUAUCUACACAAA